AUGGCACAACAAGUUACCAACACUGCAGCAAGGGAGGAAGCUGAAGCUCAACGUGCUGCUACUGCUGCUAUUGUGACUGCUCAAGACCGAGCUGAAAAGAAUGCUCGCCAUGUGCAGCGGGAGGAACGCGAGUUGGCUGCCGCUCAGACUAGGGGUCUGAAUGAUUUCAAGCGUCAGGAUCCACCGAAGUUCUCUGGAAGCUUUGAUUCGGAGGAAGCUGACCUAUGGCUCCAAGAGUUGGAGAAGAUCUUUACUUUCUUGCAUACGACUACAGAGUUGAGGGUGAAUUAUGCGACCUACAUGUUGACUGGUGAAGCUGAGUAUUGGUGGCGUGGGGCUAGAGUUAUGAUGGAAGCCGACCAUCAAGCUAUCACUUGGGAGUGUUUCCGUGGAGCUUUUCUAGACAAGUACUUUCCUGCUAGUGCAAGAGCCGCCAAGGAGGCACAUUUUCUGCGACUUCGUCAAGGGGGUAUGACCGUGGCGGAGUAUGCUGCUAAGUUGGAAUCAUUGGCGAAACACUUUCGCUACUUUCGAGGGCAAGUGGAGGAAGGCUACAUGUGUGAAAGUUUUGUUCAUGGGCUAAGCUACGAGCUACAAAGGGCGGUGCAACCGCUGGGGAUCAACCGCUACCAAGUAUUGGUGGAAAGGACAAAGGGAAUUGAGGCUAUUGAUAACCAAAGAGAAAAGUACCAAGGUCUGAAUAAGUCUAAGCAAGGAAGUGGAGGUCCGACUAGGGCUAACCAAUGCAGGAAUGACAAGGGCGAGAACUAUCCGAAGAAGCCGUAUGUUCGUCCUCAGGGUAAGGGGACGACUUCUGGGUUUGUUAAUCCUUCGAGAGGGGAUGCUAUCGCACUGAGACCUCUACCAGUGAGUUUGGAGGGUGUGACUUGUUUCAAGUGCAACAAAAAGGGGCAUUUUUCCCAUCACUGUCCUGAGGAUCCUUCGAUGUGCUGGAAUUGCAACGAGCCAGGCCAUCUUGCUAGGGAUUGCUGGAAACCGGAAGUUGAGGUCACUAUGAAUACUGCAAGGGGACAAGGAGGCCAAAAUUAG